GGGUCCUUCUACAGGCUUGGACUUGAGCAAAAGAGUUUGUAUCCUUAAGUGCCUCCACGGCUUGGAUUUUUUCUUCCAUGCCUCACAUUUGUUUCAAAUGCACAAGAAUUUAGGGCUGUAGGCGAUGCGGCCGACUAGCAAGGUAGCUCCCAAGAAGAGGGCGCUCAAGAAAUCGUCAUCGAGGGCGUCACCUCAGCAACAGAGGCUUGUCAACACCGGGGCAUCGUCGUUUGUUGAGUGCCCAGCUUGCCAGCUCAAGGUGGCUACCACACUGAUAAAUGUGCAUCUGGAUCUGGAUUGCAAGCCCGCUAGAAAUGCGUCUCAAAAGCAAACACCUCUCACUGGAAGAGAAGAAACCAUUUGUCUCGACGAGCAAGCUUCUUGUUCGUCGGUGUUCGUGGCACUUUCUUCUUCGCGUGUCCAGCCCAAACCUUCCGUUAUGAAUGGAUACCAGCUCGUUGAAAACUUUAUAUCUUGCGAGGAAGAGGAGAAGCUCAUCUUUGCAAUGGAUUCGGAUGCUAGGAAUCUCUGGAAGCCUUACAGUUUCACUGGCUUAAACAAUGGCAAGUCUUACGGCCUUGUGAUGGCUCUAGGCAAAAGGAAAAUCUUAGCUCCAAAGUUUGAGAUGCCACACGUCCUGGAGCCGAUCAUGGAGCGAAUGCGAAGCAUCCCACUUCUAGCCGAGUUCUUCCCCAACGAGAUGAACUCGCUGGAGUAUAUUAGGGAAUCCGGACACUUCCUGCGGCCUCACGUCGAUGAUCGCCAGCUCUCAGGCACAUUGAUCGUCAACUUAAGCAUGUGUGGAGAAUGCUACAUGACGUUCAAGCGAGAAAGGGGUGCGUAUGAGUGCCACAAAAUCCGAUUAAAGCAACGAUCUCUACAGAUACUUACCGGAGAUAGUAGAUAUAACUUCACACAUGAGAUUGAGAACCGGGACUUGUUAUCACCGAGGAGAGUUAGUAUCACGUUUAGAGAGGUGAUUUCUUAAGCAAGAAAUGCAAGUCACACAAUUGUAUAUGGUAUUUAUUCUGAGUUCCCACAACCUUGGAGGAGCUGUUAUGUACACAAAAGUUCUUCAAAUUUAAGAGAGAAAUUGAAUA